AUGGCGGAAGAAUUGGAGAUCUACGACGUGGAAUUCGAUGGCCCGCCAGAGCCUAAGACGUACAGUGGCAGGUUUGGCUUGGCAGCAGAUCUUCUGCGAGAGAAAAAAUGGGCGCGAGCGGGAUACCAAGCAAAGCUCAAUCUCAUGGACCUUUGGUUGCCUCGCCUCUGGCAGAUCAAGAACUGCAUCAUCAUCAUCAGCAGUGAGGAUAAUUGGAAUGAGGCGCAGACCUACAUUGAUAUCACCGAGGAGUUGUGGGAGGCCGCUCGCGCUGAACUUGGCGAAGAAAUCGACAAAUGGCCACCAUCUUGCCGCUCCAGUUUCGAGAGACUGAAAGAAGACCAGGAGCAGCAGCGUGAGAAAUGCAAUCCACCUCCGAAGAGUGAAGAACAAGAGUACGAAGUCCAGGAAGGAGAGGAGCAUGAUCUCUGGCCAUACGAUGAUGAGGAUGAUGAGGAGUGCAUGGAGGAGGACCAGUACCAUGCCGCAUGUGACGAGUGGGACUCUGAGGACGAGCGACGUGACCGCAGCAAGGAGCCAGAUGCACUGAUGGCUCUCCGCAUGACCUUGGAGAAGCCACAGGCGGUUGUUAGCGACGAAGUUGCGAUUGAGAGCGCGCAAUUGCAGCAGCACGGGAACUCUGGAGUGCGAGUGGAGGAGGAGCCGCAGGAAGAACUUCUGGACAGUCCUGAGCGACAAGAGGAGCAGAGAUCAGAACUUGAGGCACCACAUACUUGGUUGGCACGUCUGAGCAUAGCAACGCAGAGCGUGAGAUACAUGUAUUGA